UAGCUGUUCAGACUGCGUCUCUUGGCGGUUCUGUCUGUCAGCCUCAGAGCGCGCGGAAAAAAGUGCAGUUGCAAAGAACGUGCACUUGAAAACACUGGAUGCUUUUUAAGAAAUAAUCCACAAAACACAGUAGGUGGAGUGGACACAUUGAUUCCAGACAUGUGGAACAACGAAGGUUUUGGUGGAGGCUACAGCGAAUCGAUGGCCGGAGGCUAUACACAGUCCCCCGGAGGAUUCGGAUCUCCAGCUGCAACACAAGGAGAAAAAAAAUCGCGCUCCAGAGCACAACAAAUUAUCCCUUGCACAGUGUCCCAGUUGCUGUCUGCGUCCCAGACUGAUGAGGUGUUCAGAAUCGGAGACGUAGAACUGUCACAGGUAUCCAUCGUGGGACUAAUAAGAAAUGCGGAAAAAGCUCCAACAAAUAUUCUCUACAAAGUCGAUGAUAUGACCAGUUCUCUGAUGGAUGUCAGACAGUGGGUGGACACUGAUGAAGCAGGUAGUGAAAGCAUUGUAAUCCCUCCAGGAACAUAUGUUAAAGUUACAGGGCAUCUCCGUUCAUUUCAGGGUAAAAAGAGCCUUGUGGCAUUUAAAAUUGCCCCUCUUGAGGAUAUGAAUGAACUGAUUUCCCACAUCUUGGAAGUGGUCCAAGCCCAUAUGAUCCUCAGCAAGCCACAGGGUAUGACUAGUGGUAAUAACAGUAUUGCCAUACCAGCUCGUACUGGUAUGACAAGUAUGGGGAACAGCUCCAUGGUGACUGCUGACAGCUCAAUAAAUGGCCUAACAGCACACCAAAGUCAAGUUCUGAAUUUAAUCAAAGCAUGCCGGGAUGCCCAAGGGAUGAACAUCAAUGAGAUAAAAACAAAGCUUAAGGGAAUGAACAUGUCUGCCAUAAAGCAAGCAGUUGAGUUCCUCAGUAAUGAAGGACAUAUUUAUUCCACGGUGGAUGAAGAUCACUUCAAAUCAACAGAUGGUGAUUAGCCAGAAGGAAAAUAUCUUCAGGUUCCUUCUAAGUGUGAAAGCAUUUUCUGCAGGAUUGCUCCUUGCCAAUUAAUCCAAAUGUAAAUAGUCAUCCCACCCAGAAUCCCGCCAAGUCAAGAACAAUGGAAUAUUACUGCUGAACAAUGGAAACUUUGUUUUUUCUAUAGCAAUAGCUACUUUGAGUGACAUUUCAUUUUAUGGUUGUACUCCUAAAAAUGUGUAGGGUUGAACUAAAUAAAUCUU